AUGGCAUCUGUUGCUUCCGUUACCAUAACAGAAGACCUCACCACGACACCGACUGGUGGGAUUACCGUGACAAGCAGCCAUGAACCCAGCCCAACUGCGUCACCUCCCACCAAGAGAACGGUAGUCAUAGUCUAUGGUCUCGGUCAAGAGAUCAUUAUCCAAGUCGUUGCUGAAGUGUUGGGGAAGGCUUGGACUACUGUCACGGCGCUUACAAAGGUUGUUCUAGGCAGCGAUGCUGUGGUUGUAGGGAUUCUGAAUCGGGAUUUUGAGAAAACUGCGCCGGAGACGGAGGAUGAUGAUUUUUCAAAACUAUUGAUUGUCAAUACACACUGUAUUGAUGACGGAUCUUUUCCCGAUGAUAGGAUCUCGGAAGGGUGUCAUUAUGAAUUCAUUUACUCACAGACCCCUUUCUUUCGAAGGGAUUUGACACGGUUCUUGUCACUGAUUCUGGGACAACGACGUCCGCAUGAAGAUUUAGCGAUCAAACGUCGGACAAACCUUAUAUCUACCACGUUUCCCGACGUGCGGGCGGCUUUGUCAAAUCUUGAUAUUCUGUCUGUCGGCUCUGACGCCAUCGAGCUUCGUGUGGAUCUUCUAGAGGAACCAUUGUCUGACGGAAGUCGUAACUCAAUCCCUAGUCUCAAGUAUGUCGGGCAACAAGUGAUGCUCUUACGACAACAUACAGAGUUACCUAUCAUAUUCACCACUCGAUGCGUGCAUGAGAACGGGAAAUUCCCCAUGGAAGAUCCGGAAUUGUUCCAUAGAUACCUGCGUCGCGCAAUACAAUGGGGCAUUGAAUAUAUAGACGUUGAGUUAUGGCUUCCAGAAGAGAUUCGGAAAGAUUUGUGUGAUCAUCGAGGUAACAGUAUCAUCAUGUCGGCAUUUCAUGACUUUUCGGGGAUGUGGAAAUGGACAUCCCCUGAAGCACAACAAGUGUUCAAGGAAGGUGCUCGGUAUGCGGAUAUUGUCAAGAUGAUUGCAAUGGUGCAUACGAUCGAAGAGAAUUACGAGUUAGAAUAUUUCCGGUCAACUAUCAAGGCUAAUUAUUCAUACCCUUUACUCUCUGCCGUCAACAUGGGUCCGCAAGGUCAACUAUCGCGAGCUCUGAAUACCGUCUUUUCACCCAUCACACAUCCUCUGUUGCCCAUUAUUGCUGCGCCUGGUCAAUUGACUGCGGCCGAGAUUAACCGGGCCUUGCAUAUCAUGGGCCAACUACCAAAACGGGACAUGUAUGCUAUUGGAUCAUUCCGGUCUACGUCACAAUCAAUGUUUAUAGAGAAAUGCUUCAACGAACUUGGCCUCCCACACAAUUUCAGUUGCAUUGAUCGUGGUCCACGAGGUUCGAUUGAGUCAGUUAUCAUGCAACCCAAUUUCGGCGGCGCAUACGUCAACCCACCACUUGCCAGCUCCGCUUCAUAUAUCCCAACCAAAAGCGACGCAGCUCGUGCUAUUGGUCUGAUCGACACCAUCACCGUCAACGGCUCGGACGGACAACACAAAUUCAUCGGCGAAAAUGCAACAUGGAAAGGAAUCCGUGCAACACUGACUAGAGACUACAUCCCAUCUGCAUACCGCGGCCGAGCGGUGAUUAUCCUGUCCAGUUCCGAAAGCGACGCGGCAGCAGCCAUCUUUGCGCUUCGAAGUCUCGACGUCGGAACUAUUUAUACAGUCGGCUUCAAGGCCUCGGGCCCGUUAGCUGCGGGUCUUGAACCAUUUACAUCCAUUCAAUCCGUAAAACUAGUCGAGCAACCCUUUGUGAUUGUCUCGGCCUUACCACCCGAAAAAUCCCUACUGGUACAGCCCUUACUACGCCACUACCGAAGUAACGGCUACGCUUCACCACCAUCUACGCGUGGUAAAGUGUUUUUAGAUUUGACAAGCGGUCAACGCAAAGGUGAUCCGUUGGGGGUAGCGACGAGUGCUGGGUGGACGGCGUAUGGGAUUGAUGAUGUCAAUGUCUGGACGACCGUGGAGACGAUGCGGCUACUUGUGGGACAGAAUGUGCCGUUUGAUUUUGUCAGGAUGGCGUCGGGGCAUGGGCUGUAUUGA